AAUAAAACGUCAACUAACAGCCUUCGAAAGCGAAAAGGGAAGACGAAAAACGAGUUUAUAUCUCGCUCUCAUCAGCAGUUCCCAAUUUCUUUAAAGCAAACACAUUUUAUCGAAAGAAUUCAGUUUCUUCUCGCACCUUACUUUCCAACUAGCUAGCAUUCAUUUAACAAAAACAAAUCAUGUCUGAUAACGCUAUCAAAGUUUUCACCGGCAACUCUCAUCCUGAGUUAGCCAAGCUCGUUGCUAAACGUAUUGGUAUUGAAUUGGCCAAGGCUGUUGUAAUGAAAUACUCCAAUCAGGAAACGUCUGUCACUGUCGGUGAAUCUGUUCGUGACGAAGACGUCUUUAUUAUCCAAUCUGGUUGUGGUGAAAUCAACGAUAAUUUGAUGGAACUUUUGAUUUUGAUCAAUGCCUGUAAGACUGCUUCUGCUCGUCGCAUCACGGCCGUCAUUCCUUGUUUUCCUUAUGCUCGUCAAGAUAAAAAGGACAAGAGUCGUGCUCCUAUCACUGCCAAGUUGACCGCCAAUAUGUUGACGGUGGCUGGCGCUAAUCAUGUGAUUACCAUGGAUUUGCAUGCCUCUCAAAUUCAAGGUUUCUUCAAUAUCCCUGUUGACAAUUUGUAUUGUGAGCCAUCUAUGGUCAAAUACAUUAGAACACAAAUCCCUGACUGGACAAAUGCAAUUAUUGUUUCCCCAGAUGCUGGUGGCGCCAAGCGUGCUACUUCAAUUGCGGAUCGUCUCGAACUCGAUUUUGCUUUAAUUCAUAAAGAACGUAAGCGUGCCAAUGAAGUCUCUCGUAUGGUUUUGGUUGGUGACGUUUCUGGUAAGAUCGCCAUCUUGGUUGAUGAUAUGGCCGAUACUUGCGGUACACUUGGUUUAGCCGCUAAAACACUUGUUGAAAACGGUGCUACUAAGGUCUACGCCAUUGUUGCCCACGGUAUUCUUUCUGGCAAGGCUAUUAAGGUGAUUAAUGAAUCUGUCAUCGAAAAAUUGGUUGUUACAAAUACCAUUCCUCACCAAGACAAAAUGGCCUUAUGUCCCAAACUUGAUGUUAUUGACAUCUCACCUACACUUGCGGAAGCUAUCCGUAGAACACAUAAUGGUGAAUCAGUCUCUUAUCUUUUCUCUCACGCUCCUGAGUAAAAGAAAAUGGAAACAGUGGCUAUACGUAGUAGCUAGCGUAGACAAGAUAAUUUUGCUUGUGGAAAAAAUUUGUAAUUUUAUAUAUAUAUAUUUAGAAAAGAAGCUUCUUUACGCAUACAUAAUUUAUCAAAAAGGAACACUCAAUUCCAAAUCAUUAAAUGCAUCAGUAAAUGUGCAGAUGGAGGGCCCCGUACUAUAUUUUUUGAAGGGUGG